AUGUCGUCGUCAGAAGACUCCCCGCUCAACGCGGAGCCUCCUAAGAAACGCUACGCCAAGAAGGCGCGAGUAUACCGUGCGUGUGACGCGUGCCGCCGCAAGAAAGUGAGAUGCAAGGAGGGGCCUGUUUCUGGCGGGGCAUGCGCUGGUUGUAGGUCCGCGGGAUUGGACUGUUCAUACGUCGGGGCAACCCAGACUUACCCGAAGGGGUAUGUCGAAGCGCUCGAGAAGAAGGUCACUGCCAUGGCAGCGCUUCUGAAAGAGCUCCACCCCGACAAAGACUUCUCAAAGCGAAUCGGUGGACGCUUGACCCGCGACAAUUGGAUGCAAGAGGACGUACUUGGAGAAGUGGCUCUCUCAUCUGAGUCUCCCGCAGAGCCCGAACUACGUGUCUGUGAUAAAUUCCCGAAGCCACCGACUACGGGAUCGCCACCUCGUCCGCGUACUGACGACCCGUCAACUGUACUGGAGACCUAUGAGGCUUCAGACGACGAAGCCACUAGUCAGAGAAAGCUUCAAGACCUUUCGGCCGACAUAGUGGGCAUCCAUCUUGGCUCCUUCCACGGCAAAUCGUCGAUGAAGAACUUCGCCAAUAUUGCGUUUCGGGUACGCUCGAAGGGCGAGGAGUACGACGAUUCCUUACCCUCUGUCGCCUGCGCACUGAUGCGCCCUUGGGAAUUGGCGACGUAUGAAGCUCACCGACCAGCCUAUCAGUUCCCACCGCCAGAUCUGAUGAUGCUCCUCGUCGACACUUUCUUCAUGUGCUUGAACUGCGUGACACCGCUGCUUCACCGCCAGUCUUUUCAGCGUGCUUUGGCCGACGGUCUCCAUCUCCGGGACGAAGCAUUCGGAGGCGUAGUACUGCUCGUCUGCGCUAAUGGUGCUCGACUUGUAGAGGAUACUCGCGUUCUACUCCCCGGCGUCAGUGAUUGGUCAUCAGCCGGUUGGCAGUGGUUCUCUCAAGUGCAGCUCACUAGCCGCGCGCUGAUGUCAGUUUCACGACUGUACGAUCUCCAAGCUUUCUGUUUAGGAGCUAUAUAUCUCCAGGGAUGCUCUUUCCCUCACGCUCCAUGGAUCGUGGUCGGCCUCGGGCUGCGCUUGGCGCUCGAUAUUGGCGCACACAGGAGGAAGUCGUACGGUUCACGACCAACGAUUGAAAGUGAGCUGUUCAAGAGGGUUUUCUGGUCGCUCGUGUUCAUGGAUAAAUGGCUGAGUGCAGCACUGGGUCGACCAAGCGCUAUACAGGAAGAAGACUUCGAUCUGGAUUUGCCGCUGGAGGUUGACGACGAGUACUUCGAGUCCCCCAAUCCUGCACUGGCGUUCAAGCAGCCGCCGAAUAAGCCUGCUCGUGUGGCCUACUUCGCUGCAGCCACCAAGAUGAGUCGCAUCUUAGGAUAUGCCCUGCGAACUAUUUAUACGACAAAGAAGGCGAAAACUCUGUUCGGCUUUGUCGGGCCGGACUGGGAACGUCAGAUUGUGGCCAACUUCGAUUCGGUGCUCAACCGUUGGGCCGACUCGCUACCUGAUCACUUACGGUGGGAUCCGUUCAAUCCGAGCAAAGACAAGCUUCUCGAUGCCGCCCACCUGAUGUGCCAAUACUACCACUUGCAAAUCCUCGUUCACCGACCCUUCAUCACCUCGCGGCAUGCGAGCACGAUCUCGUUCCCUUCCCUGGCGAUCUGUACCAACGCCGCGCGUUCACUCGCUCGCAUAUUCACGACACUUCUCGCACGGUUCCCUAUACAGGCCUUCGCAUGCUUGAUCAUGCCGGCGUUCAUGUCUGGCGUGGUCUUGUUACUAGCAAUAUGGGACGCCAAGUCAUCCGGUCUGGCGCUCAACCCGGUCAAGGAGAUCGAGUAUGUACAGGUCUGCCUCCAGAUCCUGCAGACAGCGAAGGACCGCUGGCAUUAUGCUGCUUCAUUGUGCAAGAUCUUGACGGAUCUCGCCAAGUCGGGAGAUGUGCCUCUUUUGGACGGCUUUGUGCCGCCACGCUGGAAACGCCCUCGCGAGGUCGAUGGCGAAGACAGCCCGACUUGGCCUUUCCCACCCGUUUCCAACGAUACCUCAAGCCUACCUCCUUCGGAUGGUGGGCUACCCGAAGCAGCGGCCGUCGACCCCCCUCCGUCUUAUUUCGAUCCUCUGCCGAUGCUCACCAGCGAGCUCGGACACAUACCUGAUGCUGAUCCGCUCUGGGGUAUGGAUGGGCGCACUUUCGCGGCUGAGUUCCCACAUGAGGCUUUCACGGCACCUCAUCCUGCGUCGACAUCGCAGGCGCAAUGGACAGGGUUGUUCCCGUCCGACUACGGUAUUCCCGACGAUAUACUAUCGCAAAUGGGGCGUUAUGGAGUCCCUGCGCCAAACACUGCUCCCAACCCCAAUCCAGAGGCGAACUCAUCGUUGGACUUCGGGAAGGAAUUGGACGCGUUCUUCGCCGGCACAGAGGUGCCCGCGGCCAGCGCCACCAUGGUGCAAGGUAGUACUCCACCAGGGUCUGUGGCUACUGCUGUGCCUGGGGCCGGACCAUCGCAAGGGUUGAGCGAAUGGGAUUGGUACUUCCCCAAGAUGUACGGCCUACCCACUCCUUCCCAGCAGCAGCAACAGACGCAGGGUAGUUCGUCGACCGGUCAAUGGCAGUAG